UUUCCAACCGGAAGUCUAUGUGGUGGUCGCGUUGCCGCCCACCCGCGUAUCGCCUGGUCGCCGCCAGGAUGAGCGGGGCGGCCGGCGGCGAUAAACGGAAAGGACUGGAGGAAGAGCCCGGGGUCGGGCAACCCCCGACCAAGAAGCAGCGGAGCAAGAAGGGCAAACGCGGCCAGCCGGGCGAACGCUACGUGCCCCCGCCCAGCAAGAAGAACCUGGGUAUCAGCUUCAGUCAUCAGCACUUCAGCGAGACGGAGUAUUACUUCGAGCAUGGCCUGAGGAAGGUCCUUCCUUACUACUUUGACUUCCAGACCUACUGCAAGGGCCGCUGGGUGGGGAAGACCCUGCGAGAUGUCUUCAGUACGGAGUUUCGGGUGGAGCCCAUCGAGUAUUACACAGAGGCAGCCAAAGCGGGCAGAAUCCGGCUCAAUGAGCAACCCGCUGACCUCGACACCAUCUUAAAGGACAACGACUUCAUGCGGAAUACGGUGCACAGGCAUGAGCCGCCAGUCACUGCCCAGCCGAUCGUGAUUCUGAGCCAGAAUGAUGACCUGGUUGUGGUGGAUAAGCCGGCUUCGAUCCCCGUCCACCCCUGUGGCCGAUUCCGACACAAUACGGUUAUCUUCAUCCUGGGCAAGGAGUACAAUCUGACCGAGCUUCACACCAUUCACCGGCUGGACCGGCUCACAUCCGGAGUCCUCAUGUUUGCCCGGAAAUUGGAGGUCUCCAAGAAAAUGGAUCGACAGGUCCGAGAGAGACAGGUGCAGAAGGAGUACGUGUGCCGAGUGGAGGGGGAGUUCCCCGAUGGCGACGUGAUGUGUGAGGAACCCAUCCUGGUGGUCUCCUACAAGGUGGGCGUAUGCCGGGUGCACCCCGCUGGUAAGCCCUGCCGCACUGCCUUCCAGAGGCUGAGCUACAACGGGCGGUCCAGCGUGGUUUGCUGCCGGCCCUACACCGGCCGCACACACCAGAUUCGCGUCCACCUCCAGUACCUGGGCCACCCCAUUGUCAACGACCCCGUGUACAACACCGAGGCCUGGGGCUCCCACCGCGCCAGAGGGGGGAGGCUGGAAAAGACAGAUGAGGAGUUACUGAGGGACCUGGUGGAGCUUCACCGGCUGCGGGAGAGCCUCGACCUGCUGGACCUCCCAGAUGAACCGCGGCCCGGGGCCAGCGGGCAGACAGAGAGCCAGGCGGAGGAGAUCCCUGGCGGGGGUGGAGGCACCGCACAGCUGCCGGGGUCAGUGAAGGACAAGCUAUGUGGAGAGUGUCGGAUGGUCAGGAAAGACCCCCUUCCCGAGGACCUGGUCAUGUACCUGCAUGCCCUGAAGUACACGGGGCCGGAUUGGGAGUAUUCCUCCCCGCUGCCUGCCUGGGCUGCAGCAGACUGGGACCAGAACUGAACAAUAUUGGCCCACUGCUGGUCCGUAUGUGCACCUGCACACGAGUGUUACACCGUGAGGCGUCAGGCUGUCUGGUGUGAGCAACUACUUCCCGGCGGCUUUCCCUGCACUGCAGGAGGUGGUUUUGUGGCCGCGCUCUGUCUCGGUGGCUGAUUGUGUUACCGUGGCCAUGCAGUCUGUCUGUCAUUCCAGUGACCCACGAGCAGCACGAGCCUGAGGUUGGUGGUCCAGGUGAGAGGUACCCGUGCUUGGGAAUCUGGCCCAGGGUAGGAAUGGGCUGAGAACUGAUGCGCUUUGCAGUGGAAUCACUCACUUACUGGACUUGGAACUGAUGGAGCGGACCCAGCCAGCAUCCUAGAUCCCUGUGCCGCUUGGGAAUGACGAGCUCAGCACCUUCUCCAAUCAUUCCUACAGCUUUACUGGUCUGGUGGAUCUGACGCAGUAUCCCUGAUGCCUAUUAGCCACUGAGACUGAUGGUUCAACAGUAUUUUGUGUUUUUGAUGUUACUCCUUGUUCUUGUCUACAUGAUCUGUUAAGGUAAAAUAGAGUAAUAUCAAGAAAACCCUGGGCUGUGCUGUCAAAGUGAUUCCAGCGAGGAAAAAGAUGGUGGGUUUACGGAAUGGUCACUUACACAGGGUCGAGAAGCCAAGUACUGCUCACACAACCCAGGCCUUCUGACUGUGAGGUGACGUUCUUGAUUUUCCAACAGGUUGCAUGUACUGAUUUAUAUUGAAAGAUAUUUGUAUGCAUGCCAUCCCGAGAGGCGGCCGCGUACACAAGCACAUCCCGAG